AUGAGUCCUCCACUGCUGAAGCUUGGUGCUGUUCUUAGUACCAUGGCAAUGAUCUCUAACUGGAUGUCCCAAACUCUCCCAUCUCUGGUAGGACUCAAUACCACCAGAAUAACCACUUCAGAUACUCUAACUCAGAUUAGCCCCAAGGAAGGGUGGCAAGUUUAUAGUUCAGCCCAGGAUCCUGAUGGCCGUUGCAUCUGCACUGUUGUCGCACCUGAACAGAACCUAUGUUCAAGAGACGCCAAAAGCAGGCAACUCAGACAACUGCUAGAGAAGGUUCAGAAUAUGUCCCAAUCUAUUGAAGUUUUAAAUCUACGGACUCAGAGGGAUUUCCAGUAUGUUUUAAAAAUGGAAACACAAAUGAAAGGGCUGAAGGCCAAGUUUCGAGCAUACUUAGGUUCUUUAAAUACCAAGUCUGAACAGGAGCUGAAAGAAAAGAUGGAUGAGCUCCUGCCACUGAUCCCAGUUCUGGAACAGUACAAAACCGAUGCCAAAUUAAUCACCCAGUUCAAGGAGGAAAUUCGGAAUCUGUCUACUGUCCUCACUGGGAUUCAGGAAGAAAUUGGUGCUUAUGACUAUGAGGAACUUCACCAGCGCGUACUCAGUUUAGAAACCAGGCUUCGAGACUGCAUGAAAAAGCUCACAUGUGGCAAAUUGAUGAAAAUUACAGGCCCCAUUACAGUCAAGAUAUCCGGAACCCGAUUUGGAGCCUGGAUGACAGAUCCAUUAGCAUCAGAGAAAAAUAACCGAGUCUGGUACAUGGAUAGUUACACUAACAAUAAAAUUGUCCGUGAAUAUAAAUCAAUUGCAGACUUUGUCAGUGGGGCUGAAUCAAGGACAUACAACCUUCCAUUCAAAUGGGCAGGAACCAACCACGUUGUCUACAAUGGCUCCCUCUAUUUCAACAAGUAUCAGAGCAACAUCAUCAUCAAAUACAGCUUUGACACUGGGCGGGUGCUUGCACAGCGUAGCCUUGAGUACGCUGGCUUUCACAAUGUCUACCCUUACACCUGGGGUGGCUUUUCUGAUAUUGACCUGAUGGCAGAUGAAAUUGGGCUAUGGGCUGUGUAUGCCACCAACCAGAACGCAGGCAACAUUGUCAUCAGCCAGCUAAACCAGGAUACGCUGGAGGUGCUGAAGAGCUGGAGCACGGGCUACCCAAAGAGAAGUGCUGGAGAAUCCUUCAUGAUCUGUGGCACCUUGUAUGUUACUAACUCUCACUUAACAGGAGCCAAGGUCUACUAUUCUUAUUCCACAAAAACCUCCACUUACGAGUAUACAGACAUUCCUUUCCAUAAUCAGUACUUUCAUAUAUCCAUGCUUGACUACAAUGCAAGAGAUAGAGCUCUCUAUGCCUGGAAUAACGGACAUCAAGUCCUGUUUAAUGUCACCCUUUUCCAUGUCAUUAAAACUGAAGAUGACACAUAA